AUAAUGAGCUGUUAGAGAUGGCGAAGAAGGAAGACUUGCGUGUGAUGACAAUCCUUGAAGGAUGUCUACGUGGCUCGUUGGUCUAGGGGUAUGAUUCUCGCUUAGGGUGCGAGAGGUCCCGGGUUCAAAUCCCGGACGAGCCCAAUUUUUUCGUUGUUCCAGAUAUGUUUUAAAUUUGGGUGGUUAACAUCACUUAACAGUGUAAGUCCACAGAUAUUAUAUAAUGUAAAUCUCUUUAUACCACCAGAGUAAUUUCUUUUUAGAAAUCAUUAACUCUCUUUUUUCCUUCACCACAUUCAAAUUGUCACUGCUGUCUCAAAUUUAGAAUUAGAUAAGUGCCCAAGCCAAAGGGGAAAAAAGAAAAUUGAUUUUGAUUUAGAUUUUAAACAUUUAAAUCUCCAAUUAAAUCUUGAUUUAAGAAUUAAUGUGUUAAACUGUAAUUUCUGAGAAAAAUCCAUAAUUACAAAAAACAGAAGUCCAAUUUUUCUUAAUGUAAUAUCAGAGUACGUAUAAAAACUGUAGUACUUCUGACUCUCCUGUCAGACUCAAUUUCCCAACAACCUCUGCUUUUCCGCUCCUGCGCACUGUGACCCGGCGGCUCCGUUAAGCGUCAGUGUCAUGACAACAGGACGAUGGCUGAGAGUGAGAAGAUCACAAAUGUGAUUUUGCUGUGAAGCAACAGAAGCAGGAGUUAAACCACCCGUGAAUUUGAAACAGCCACCGCAUCUGAGAGAAACAUCGGGGACGAACUCGCUUGAGUUCGGAUACUUACUGAAAAGCUCAGAAAACUGCAGUUGAUCCUUGGAGCUAGUGAGCAGAGGCAGCAUGUCUCUGUUCAAAGCCCGCGACUGGUGGUCGGCAUCCCUGGGCGAGGGGGAGGAGUUUGACCAGGGAUGUCUGUGCGUUGGCAAUGUAGACAACAGUGGAAAUGGACACGACAAAGUUGUGGUGGGCAGCUACAUGGGAAUGUUACGGAUCUUUGCACCUCAGGCCAGUAAGUCAGGUGAGGGAGGAGUCACGGACACCCAGCUCCUGGAGGUCCAGCUUCAGAACGCCAUCAUCCAGGUGGAAGUGGGCAAGUUUGUCUCAUGCUCAGAUCUUCUCCACUUGGCUGUUCUCCACCCCAGGAAACUGUCAGUGUACUCUGUCUCAGGCACUGCAGGAAACGUGGAACAUGGUGACCAGUACCAGCUGAAGCUGGUUUACGAACACAAUCUGAAGAGAACAGCCUGCAGUAUGACCUACGGCACCUUUGGUGGAGUAACUGGUCACCACUCGGUGUGUAUCCAGUCUAUGGAUGGGAUGCUGAUGUUCUUUGAACAGGACAGUUACUCCUUUGGCCGAUUCCUACCUGGUUUCCUGCUCCCAGGACCACUGGUCUACAACACCAGAACCGACAGCUUUCUCACCGUGUCCUCUGCACGACAACUGGAGAGUUACAAAUAUGAGACCUUGGCUGUGGCCACAGAAGCAGAGAGUCGUCAGGAUCCAGACCUGCCUCCAAAGACCGGAGGCAAGAAGCUGACGCCCGACUGGACGUUCAUCCUGGGAGAACAGGCCCUGGACCUCUCCGUUCCUUCCUUCUCCCACUCUUCUGCCUCUAUCUUCAUCUUGGGUGAAAGGAACCUUUACUGUCUCAGAGACAACGGCCAGAUUCGCUUCAUGAAGAAACUGGAGUACAACCCCAGCUGCUUUCUUCCCUACGCUUCAGUGAUGGACGGCACCACCAACCUGUUGUUGGGCAACCAUACAAAUAUGCUGCUGGUCUACCAGGAUGUGACUCUAAAGUGGGCAGCCCAGCUCGCCUUCGUGCCCGUGGCCGUCCGAGUUGCCAACUUCCCGGAGUUGAAGGGAGUGGUGGUCAGUCUGAGUUCAGAUGGACACCUCCUGUGCUCCUACAUGGGCACCGAUCCCUCUUUCUUCUCCACCCCAAAGGUGGACGCCAGAGAGGCAGACUAUGAGCAGGUAGAUGCUGAGAUGAAGAAGCUGCAGAAGUUCAUCAGAGAGGCUACGAGAACCCAGGACAUCCUCCCUAAAUCUGAUGCAGAGACGGACCUUACUGUCAAAGCUGCCGUGUCCUCCAGCAUGGACACUCCGUCGCAAGCUGUGAUUCCAGAUACAGAUGGUCUGUCUGUACCUUCAGUAACUGUACAGGUGAAGAUAAAGGCCAGCUGUGUUCUUCAGGCUUCAAAGUUGAUGGUCAGCGUUCAGGCUCCACUGGCCGUCACCAAGGACCAGUUUGUCCUGGAGUCCAUGGGUGUUGGCUCCUCCACAGUCGUGUCUUUUUCAGUUUUCCUCAAUGGCCGUUAUCCUCCUGCUGAUCUCAGUGGAGACAUCACUGUGUCCUACAGCUCACCCACAGGAGUUCCCCGGGUUCUCCAGUCCAAGUUCAGUCUUCCUCUCCUGUUGGUGUGUACUCCUUCCCCUCCGGCCAAAACCAGCAAGUUCAAGAUCAGCGUGGACACAAACCAGCCGCCGGUCAACCUCAACACCAUCUUCCCAGAGUUUUUAGUGAAAUCCGAAGAUAAGGAUGGGAAUGCUGUGGCGUUCCAGUUCCUGUCAGGAGCCAGUGUUACAGUGGUGGCCUCUAAGACCUCCCAGCGUUACCGUGUCCAGAGCGACAGCUUUGAGGACAUGUGGUUAGUGGUGAAGGAGCUGCUUCACAGGUUUGACCAGCAUUUCUCCAAACUGGGAGUCAAGGACUUCAGGAAAAGCUUCAGCGGACCUGUCCCACUUCAGGACUACUUCCUGUCUGUGGACAACCAUUUCCAGCUGCGCCUCACUGCCCAGCAGUACCAGGACCUCCUGUCAGAACGGGCGGUCCAGUUUAGGGCCAUUCAGCGGCGCCUGCUGACUCGGUUCAAGGACAAAACCCCGGCACCACUACAGAACCUGGACACACUGCUGGAUGCCACGUACAGUCAGGUCAUAACACUGGCAGAGGCUGCAGAAGAGAACCACACACUCCUGGAGGAGGCGUUCGUCCGUCUGAGGAGCGCCACACACCUGCUGGUGCUGCUGCUGUCACUGUGGCAGAACCUGACCCCGGACCAGAGCUCCAUCCUGGAGGCCGCACUGCUGCCACUGCUGCAGGACACACCACAGCUGGGCUGGGAGGAGAGCUGCGACGCAGCCGUCACUCACCUGCUGCGAACUUGCCUUUCCCGCAGUCCCAAAGACCAGGCUGCAUCUCUGGCCCAGAUUGGUAGCCCCCUGCUGGGUCUCCCCCGUGACACCACCCGCCUAAAAAAGCACAUCACACUGCUGUGCGAACGCAUAAGCAAGGGAGGACAGCUGACUCUGGCCUCGGAGACUAAUGUCCAGGUCCCUGCCCACAUCCAGAACCUGGCUGCACCUGGAGGAGUUGAGCCCAUUGCAGAAGGAGCUGGUGAAGGUGAGGAGCUAGAACUUCCCCAGGAUGCCACAAAGUUCCUGAAGAAGAAACAGCCGUCUAAGAAGGUCAAGAAAGUCAAAGAAAAGGAGAAAAGGGAGGUGUCCAGGGAGCAACCAGAAGAAACAAGAGGAGCAGAGGAGCCAGUCAAAGAGGCCCGAAGGGAAAAGAAGGAGUCAAGGAGCAAAGAGGAGCCAAAGAAGGAGUCCAAGAAGGAGUCAUCAUCCUCCAAGGAGAAAAAGGAGUCUUCAAAGGAAAAGAAGGACAAAGACAGAGAAGGGAAGGAGACUAGUAAGGAAGCAGUGGAGAAGAAGGCCUCCAGGAAAUCUUCAGUGAAAGUGAAGGAGAUGAAGAACGAGCCGCAUGCUGAAGACGGUUGAUUAGAAGAGUUGUGAACAUCGUAUACAAACAUCAGACACACAGUAAAGUGUAAAGGUUGUAGACCACCAGGAGUUUUUGUUGUUACAGCAACUUUGUGGGGUCACUUUAUUUAUUGCUAUUUUCAGUUUUUUAUUAGGACCGAAAUCCAUACACUAAAAAAACAAAACAAAAAUGAUCAGUCUUUGUUGGAUGAUACUGUCAUUAGGUGUUUUGAUUUUUUUUUUUUUCAUACUGGUUUUAAAUGUUUAUGAAUAUAUUCCACUAAGACCUGACGUGCAAUAUAUUCACAAACUCUUCGGUCAAAUGUUCCUCCAUCCUCAUGAAGACGUGGAGUCAGAUGUAAACCCUGUCACUCUGAGGUUUAACUCGUCGUCGAUACGUCUUGUCAGUUGUCUCUCUUCCUGAUCCCUUCUGAAUCUUUACCUUUUAUUCUUACCUUACAGUUGAACCUGAUUUUUCUUCAGGCCGAGACACAGACCCUCGGUUUCUCUGCCUGUGCAUUAGCAGUUAGCAUCACUACUACUAUAAACAAAAUGUUGGCCUACGACUUUUACACAGUACUGCAUGUACUCACAAGGGCAUACACAUACAGGAGAGGUACAUAUUUGUGUAGAUGCAGGGUGAAAGUAAACACAUACAAGGCCACCAGACUCAGCAGCACAUAUUCACAGAUGCAGUCUAAAUAUAUAUUUGCAUGUAAAUACAUUCAGUCAAGGCCACAUAUCUGAGCAGCAGAGCUGUUUCCUACCAGACGCAUAUUUACAUUACCCAGUAAUAACUGAUCCACACACACACACGCCGACUGCUGCUGGACCUCACCACAUCCAGCCCAUUUUUGUGUGUGAGCACUGGGUGACUGUGGUCUGAGCCCAGGGAGAGCGAAGACGGAGGCAAAAAAUCCUCCCGGGGCAUUUUGCUGACUCUCUUCUUCUUCCUCAUCACCGUCUUCGACCGAACCUCAGCAGCAGUUGAACCCGCAGCCCUGCGCUUCCUCUAAUCCCAGUCCGGGCCAAAAACCACCCGCAGCCCACGCUCACUCCUGGAUGUGAUGUCAGACCCGCCCUCUCGCCCCCUCGUGUGGCAGCGGGCCUCACCAGAGCCCGGCUGCCCCCUCACUAAGAAUAACCCGCUCGCCGCGUCGAGCCGACCGGCUACUUCCGGGUAAAUCAAGGCCACAUCCUCCAGUCGCCUCCUCCUCCAGCACCUCCCCCUCUGACCUCUGCCAGGCGUUUUUAUGUGCUUUUCUUUUUAAAUCUGGGAGACUCAAGGACACACAGCUGCUGAUGGACACAAACACGGUGCCCCAGGGUCAAACCUGCAACUUUUUUUAAAGAAUGGAAACCAACAGGGCGUUUCUGGGGAGAAGUUUGGCAGCAGCGGAGAAGAACCAGCAGCACCAGUCUGACACCAGAGGCCUUUUCUCUCUCCUCAUCUUCUUAAACACUGUCAACAGGAAUCGUGGAUGGCAUCUGAGACGUCAGCAGUUCAACCUGCUGCAUGGGUUGUCUUCUUAAGAUGCAACAUGUUGUUGUUAAAAUGACCAAAACUAGUGUCUCAGAAACUUCACGUAAGAAAACAUGCAUUGUGGUUUGACAACAUGCCAUAUGAAACAAGGACAUAGCCAUCUGGAGACGCUAACACUUAUCUGGAAACAUCCAGGUGUCAGAUAUGACAACAACCUUUCAGUUUUAGUCAGACCAUGCGUCUGUGUAUGUGUAGGGUUUUAACAUGUAUUUUCCUCAUAAAUCGGAUCAUUUAUCUCCUAAUCAUCUCAUGUUGCAGAUCUGGACUUUUCUUACUCUCAGCAACAUAUUGAGCAUCACCCGCUGCCAAGUACAGAGAGUUAGUGUCAAAUGUCUGAUCAGAGCCGAUGUGAUCAGUUUAACUUAGCCAAGUUUCUUAGAGAGGUGGAGGCUCCCUGUGUGGAGAAACAUUAAGACACAGGUUGGGGUUCUGUUCUCAGCCUGUAUUUUAAUGUGUGAUGUGUAGUCAGUUGUGAUUGGCUACCUCUUUUCUUAACACGUGUUGAUGCAAACUUCACUCAUUUUGAUCAACUGCAAAAAAAAAAAAUCUCAAAUUCACAUCAUUGACUUCUUGACUUAUUAUUUGAGUCCAAAUCCAUGUCUUGUAAAGUUUCAUGAAAUCCAGUACUGGACCACAUUAGGGCGGUGUGAAAAUACUGUUUUGUUUUGUUUUUUUUUUGGGGGGGGGUAUGUGUUUGUUUUUCUGCCAUAGACCAAAACUAUACAAUGAAUGUUAAUGAAACUAGAGAGAGUAUGGUUUUGUACUGUUGUAGUAGAAAUUCACAGACUCUUGUAUCCACACUUCACUCUACGGGAACACUAGUGCUCAAUGUGAAUAAGCUUAAGGGAUUAGGAGUAUAUUUCAUUUGUAUUUAUUAGAUAAAAACCUGUCAACUGUAAUAAAUUGCACCUUUAGCUUAAUGCUGUUUGUUUUGUUUUUAUGUUUUAUUCAUGACGUAAGCUGAAGUAGUGUUCACACACACAAUGUUUUCUGGAGUUAUUUUUAUAUAUUCUAUUUUUGUAUAUUUUUGUUCUAAGUCACAGAAUUCACCUGUCGUUGUGUUUGUUGUCAUAUUGGUACAGUAUUGUCUGCAUUGGUCUGAAUUUCUGGUGUGUGUUUUUCUUCUUCUUUCUUAUGAACUGUAUCACUGUAGGUCUGGACAAUUUUACUACAAGACCACCGACAGCCUGAAGCCAGACAUACAGUAGGUCUACAGUAAGUAGGUUUUAGUCUUUGUUUAACUGCAUAAUUUUCACUCUAAGUUGGACUUUGUCUCAGCUGCACUCACGUCUAUAUUUCCCACUUUUUUCUUGAAAGGAUUUUCAAGGAUUUUUCCAAAACAUUUUCAGCUGCUACUGCAAGUCACAGUACAUUGUUUGCUGUUAGCAUGUAAACUGACAAUUAAGAGAAAUGUCAAAUUAGUUUAACCUUGAUUGCAUUCACUUCUUAUCUGAUCUCUUCUUAUAAUACUGGGCUACAUUUGGUAAAUAUAUGGCCUUAAGACUCACAUGUGGUUCAGGAACCACGGGUUGCAGAUCUGUGGUCUAGGUCUUACAGCAGUUACAUUGUCCCUGAUGGUAGUGAUGUUUGUAGUAACCCUAUUUCCAGCUCCUGUAAUUGUCAUUCCUCAUCUAUUUACAGAACAACUGCAACAAUGAAAGAAUAUGCAUCACAUUCAGGAAUUGUCACCAUCAGCAUUUGAAUAUUUGGAAUAUAUAGAAGGCUGCAGCAUUAUUUGUUGGACACAGAAUGAUAAUUUUACAACUUCUGAGCUGGUUUUGUAUGGAUGGCUUUUGGCUGAAUUUUAUUUAUUUAUUUCUUCAAGUGAGGUGGUUAUUGUCCCAUACUGAGGACACACACACAGACACUCCAGUUGUCCGUGUCUCUACUCAGUGACGAUGACAGUCAUCCACCAUUUUCACCUCCUUAAAUCUAAACUUCAAAGAUAUUCCCUUCAGAGCAUUAAAAGCCUAAAUUUCCGACACUUCUCCAACGCAGUGCGUUCCUGUGUUUCCAUAGAGAGUUGUGGACAGCGUGUUGAACACAGCCUGAGGUUUGUCACGUCGGUGAACAGGACUCACUCUGACGGCCUUUGAAGUGAGUGCUUGUUUUCCCGCUCUUUUCUUCUGCCCUGGUUGGGGCUCUGCAGGGACGACUCUGCUGCAGAUUGGGUAACAGAGCCGAGGCAGAGCUGCCGAUUGUUUCAUUUGGCAGCAGCGUUGGCCGUGUGUACAUUUAGAAGAGCUGCAGAUAAAGUUUCACCUCCGUGAAGCCGCCUGACGCUCUGUGUUUUUGUUUCUUAGUCACGCAAAAUUAUUUUAGCUCUCCUCUCUGAGCCGAUGUCUGUUUUUAAUCCCCUCAUCACUCAGUCUUUAUCCGUAUGGUAUGAAAAUGUUCUUUUAUCUCCAGCUUUCUCCACCUGCUUCACCUCACCAUCACCCUUUCUCUCCAUCACUCCUUUAACCCGUGUCACUUUUUUUUACUCCUCCAUCUGUCAUUUUAAAUCUCCCUUUCCCUUUCCACUUGGACUUUUUCCCUCUUUUCUUUCAUCAUCUCUUUUAACUUUUACCUCUGGCUUCCUUUCUCCUUCUUCUCCUCUUUCCCAUCAUUUAAAUCCCUACGUCUUUCAGCUUUUACCAAAUUUCCAGCUUCUCUUUGUUGUUUUCUUUUGCUUUUCUCAGUUACAUUUGUUGCUGCUUCUGAUAUUUUCUGAAAAUCUGCAAACUUGAAGUCAAUUGUCCGACGAGGUACAGAACUGUGCAAAUAAUGUUUGGAUCUGUGGACACUGUCGUUCUUGAACUUGACACUUUUCACCAUCAGGCUGAGACUCAAAGUUAGUUCUGUUUGAAAACUGCAGUUUCAUGGUUAUAGUUUGGUCCAGUCCUAUGAGAAGAAUGCAGUUUAAAUGCUAGUGGACACAUAGCUACUGAUGAUAAAGUGCUCUUUUUGACCUAUUAUGAAUUACAAUAAACAUUUAGUGGGUUCAUCUGUUUCCCCAUAUUCAUUCCCUCUGACUCUGUGCAGCAGCAGAAUCACAGGAUGUCACAUUAUCACCAUAUCACAUUCCGUGACGGGAAUCGAAAUUUGUCAGAGGAAUCAGUGUCAAAGCAAAAACCAAAAGGUGCUGAAGUUGCAAUGUCUCAGAUUUGACCUCUGUCUAAGUGGAAACCUGAUGAGAGUAACUGAGUCACUGAUGAUGGCAGCAUCAGGAGAUUUCUUUCUAGCUGAUGUGUAUAUGGAGCUGCAGAAUGAACGUGAACAUUGAGGGAUGUCAAAAGUAGUUAUGACAGUACUGCAUGCGAUGUUUCAUCCUUUUAGUUUUUAUUUCCCAGUGGUUCGAUUUGCCAUUUGGGGGCGAUUAAUACACCAUCAGUGUAUUAAUUUAUUGGUCAGACUGGCCCAUUGAAGAUGGUGGAUCAGCAGCCAAGUCAUCGACACCUUCAGGUGUUUAUUUCAUCACCGCUGUCCUAUAGAACACAGCCCUCUAUAUACACACAGAGAGAGAGUUCUGACAGGGUAAGUUCACGAUUUAUUUACUAAGUCCUUGUGAAAGCAGUUAAAAACCGACCGAUCAUUUUUAAUGUCUGUUCCAUGUCUCUGUCUUCUCCCUCCUUCAAAGGCAUCAGCACACAGUAAGAUGAACCCUGCUCUGAUGUGUCACUGUGGUGUGGUAUGGACAGAAAGUAUAGAAAGAUAAAUGUCACUUUUUUAUGUAUGUACUUGUUUUUCUAGCCCAGCUCACAGACAUGCACUUACUCUAAGAACUUUUCCACAGCUUUGGUGAUUUAAAGGAGUUGCACAGUUUGUAUACACAUUCAAGGGAGUGGGGUGGUGAGUGUGAUGUCACUGUAUAUGGUGGGCUGGUACAGACAGUAGUGAUAUGUUUAGAAGCUGCUGAUAUUGCACCAGAACUGUAAUGCACUAACAGGUAUGCUUUAUACCCCUUAAAGGACACAUUAAUAAACUGGUCGAUCAUUUUUACACUAUAUAUUUUUUUUAUAAGAAUCAAAGAUUAAUUGUUGUGGUAAUCAAAGAUUAAUUGUUGUGGUAAUUAAUCAUGAUUAAUGAAAAUGAAAAUCUGUAUACUCCUGGAACCAAAAGACCGACCUGUGUCAUGUUUUCCCAACGUAUGCAAAUAACGACGACAUUUAUCAACUGCGUAUCAGAGCAACACUAAGUCGACGGACGGUCGAGGCAUCACUCUGCCUAGUGUUAAAAUACAUAAUAAAGAGAGAACUAGUAGAACUCAAUCCACCAGGUUGUCCUGUGGGUUACAACUGACCCUCAGUGGAUCAGAUGGGGCAGCUGUUCUAAGUCUGAAGGGGGGUCAUCGGGGUCAUCUGCAGGAACACAGUCAACGUACUGCAAAAAACAUGUAAAUUAAAAAAAAAAGAAACUGAAGACCAAGUUGUCAUGUGAUCACACCACAUCACAACAACGGUUUAACUUCUAUGUCACAUCAGAGCAACAUGUCAUUCCUCUGUUCUCUCUUUAAUUUUCUCCCUUUCUGUUCUCCCGCAUUCGCCUCCUCUUUCUCUCCAAUUUGUUUAUUUUCCAUAUUUUCACUGUACUUAUUCUCACUGACCUCCUUCCCACUUACACGCCUCGGAGCGGCAGAAAAGCAGCCCUGAUGUGAGGAGCCAGCAAACGUGGCUGCACACACCCAGCAGUUAAAAACAUCAAACAACAAUGCAAAACAAUGAGCGUGUAAUAAAAGCGGCAUUUGGGCUGAGACGCUGAGGAGCAGGCGGCUCACUGUGGCUUUUAUUUUGGAGCUUAUUUCUGUCUCUGGGGGUUUAAGGCGUAAACAAACUGGAUUAGAUAAUUGCUGCAUCCUUUUACUUGUGCUGCAGAUCUGUAACGUCAGCGGCGUGUCACCUCUGCCACGGGAACUUAAGUGACCCGGGUUCCUUUUGUACAAACAACACUCGUCUCACGUUUGAUCCCAGGGGAAGUUAGUAGAAAUUAUAUUUAGUUCACCAUAGUAACACAAUUAUGUUACUAUGUGUUCUGGUUUGUUACUGGGAGUGGUGACUGGUAUUUGAUGGUAUCUUCUUCUUCGUCUGUCUUUCAUGUUACAUUGAAGUAUUUAUUGUUUUAUUUGUUUACGUGACUCACACCGAGGAUUUACCUUUUGUUUGUUUUUAUUAUAUAGUGAUGUUCACAGUCCUGCGAGUAAUAACAAAAAAGUCAAUUCCUUCUAAACUAAGAAAAUUUCAGUAAGAAUUAUAUACAUUUAUAUUAUUUAUACAUUGUAUAUGUAUAUAUAUAUAUCAUGUUGAUCUUGUUUGUCCUUGACACUUUCUCCCUUUGCUUUAACUUUUAAUUACAGCUACAGCUGGUUAGCUAGCUACAUCAGAUUUGUAUGUAUCCACCUGACACCUGUCAUAAUAAAUGGUAAGUAGAGAAAAUGCAGGCAGUGGGCAGUCUGGCUGCAGAUGACCACAAACGUUUUUAAUAUUCCAAAAUAGAAAAACAAUUUUAGGGGCUCAAACUAUUAUGAUUUCCGCUCAAAAAUACUUAAAUGUGUUUCCAUUUCAGGUAGUUCGAAUCAACUUGAAGAACCUUGAAGAACCCCUGCCGUGACCCUCAAACAUCUGAUCCUCUCCACUGUGGUUUCAUCUGAAGCAGGAGAUCUGCACAGGUAGGCGAGGCUCCUGCACUAACACACAUCUUUUUCCAUCAUUGCUAUGUUUUAAGUUUUGGAAAGUCAGUCAGGAGAGCUGAGUCCCAGUCUUGACCUCUGUGACCUUUCCUCCUUUUCUGGUGGAAAUGCUCUUUGCUUAGAUAACGUAGGAGGUUUUCUGUCCGACUACAAAUUACUUUGUUGCGAGUCUCUUGUGAAACCAGGAGAGCGCAAAGUGUGACGGAGUCCAGACCUCACACACUUAGUGCUGCGGAACUGUCCUAACCAAACACUUGUGAAAUGUUCUCCAGUCAAACCUCCAGCCUUCCUCAGGUUUCCAUGGUGUUCAUGUGAGAAAGUGCAGAAAACAGACCAUUAAAGAAACUCAAUAAAACCAAAAAUAUCUGCAGUUUAUGUGCAUACAUCGGAUGUAAAAUGCAAAUGAUCACACAAGGCAAUUUCUGUUUUACUGUGUGGUUCCAUUGCUCCCCGACCCAGGACUUGAGUCUGUCCAGUAGCUGCGGGAUCUGAGGCGUCAGUUUGGCUCCAUGUAGGAAACAUUGUUGAUGGAGAUCGAAGGUGUCAUUUGUAUUUAGGUUGUUUUUAAAGUUGAAUACAUUCAUGUACAAGAAAAGAAUGGUGGGUCAGAUGAACCCAUAUGAGCUUCACCAUCUAGUUGAAGUAUCCGAUAUACAAACCGUUCUAAUGUUCUAAUGACAAAACUAGACUUUGACUCAGCUUAGGCUAAGCGUAACCUCCCCUUGUUCAAC